UCAGGAGAGGUGAAAUUUGCGUUAAAGGUAGAAGAAGAGUUGAAUAAAAUAUUAUAUCCAGAAUAUCGACAAUUAGUUGUGGAAGCCACGAUGAUUUUGUCACUCAUACUUGAGAGGGAUGCUUAAUAUUCGGUCAACAGGAUGUUGAAGUUAGAUGAAAUUGUUACAAACAUUAACCGUAUAUUUUUAACACAACAGAAAUCAGAAAAUGGCGAUUCCAAUUUAUGCUGUGCAGGAAAUGAAAAUGAUAAUGUAAAGGAGUCAUCUAAAUGUGGAGCAAGCUGUGGAAUCUGCAGAUAUUUUUAUGAUAGCCCGCCAAGUGGUUCCUAUGGUACAAUGACUUACAUGACACACUCUGUUCUUCAGCUUUUAUAUUCACACUUAGCCAACUCGACAGAGUAUUAUAGGCCAGUGUCAGGUGACGUCACGUAGACUUGCGAAUUGCUUUUACGACGAAGAAUAGACGGAGAAGGAUUGUCUGAUUUUUGUUGUAAAUGAUUUGCGAAGUUGAUAAAUAUACGAGUUUUAUGUCCACUCGAUAGAUUAUCCAAGAUGGCGGGCCGCUACAGUGGUAUCCAAAAAUCUUAUGUAAUAAAAUGUAGAGUGCUUUAUUUUUUAGAAUAUCAGUAUCAUGUCUACAAGAA